AUGGCUAUACUAUUGCUGCUGGCUCUGGUGACCAUGAUGCUGGGCUUGGCCACAGCUGGUCCUGUCCUUCCUUCCAAGCCCACUCCAGCCAGAACAGGCUGUCGCAUUGGCAUUUUCCAGUCUUUGGAGGAACGGCUGCUCCGGAAGGAUGUCCAGUGCAGCCUCAGUCCCUGUCCCAGCAGCCGGAAACUGGAGGUUCAGGGGCGCCCCAAGGCCCUGCAGGCUGAUCUGGCCCUGACACUGGAGGUCCUGGAGAACGUGACUGACUCAGCCCUGGGCCCCAUCCUGCACCAGCCUCUUCACACACUGCGCCACAUCCAGUCCCAGCUGCAGGCCUGUGUGAACACAGCUCAGCCCACAGCAGAGCCCGGGUCCCAGAGUCACCGCCUCUCCCGCUGGCUGCACAGACUCCAGGAGGCCCAGGAGAAGGAGACCCCCGGCUGCCUGGAGGCCUCUGUCACUUCCAACCUCAUGCGCCUGCUCAUCCGGGACCUGAUGUAUGUGGCCGCGGGAGAUCAGUGUGUGUGGGGUGCAGUGGCCUGGCACAGCGCAUCCAAGGCUCUGGACUCCACACUGGGCACCGGCUCCGGCAAGGUCCGCGAGCGCGCGGGGGGCGGGGCGGAGGAGUGGAGUCGGAGAGGCCGUCGGCCCACCUCCAAUCACGGACUCGAGUGGGCUCGGCCCUGA